CCACUAUUCCGGUGGUUCUCCGAUUUGUAUUGGGACUACUUGGUCUCGCGGAUUCAACUAUCAAGUGAAAUUGUGAAAAGCCACCCUCGCCCAGUGACUGCAAUCACAUAUUUCCCAAAUUUCAAAACCCUUUCCCCCCAACUGAGAAUCGCCCCAUCUUCAUUUUAUCUGCUUAAUUUCAACGCCACAUCCGCCGCCGCCGCCUCAGCCUCUACCGCCACCGCCAUGGCCGGCACGGGUUUAUCAUUCUCCAGCACAUUCUCGUCGUCGUCCCCUGGUUUCUCCAACCCUAGCUCCGCAGCAUCCGCUUCUUCUUUUGGUUUCGGCGCCGCGACGCCUCCUUCUGCCCCCGCCGCCUCCCCAUUCGGCGGCUCCUCACUCUUCGGCUCGUCAUCUUCCGCCGCAGCGGCGCCGUCCUCUAACUCAUUCUCCUUCGGCGGCUCCUCUUUCUUUGGUUCGUCCUCGGCAACGCCGUCCGCGGCCUCGUCUCCUUUCGGCGCCCCGUCUAUAUUUGGGUCCUCAGCAGCUUCGGGCGCUGCCCCCUCCCCGAACAUAUUCGGAUCUACUUCUGCUGCCGCCCCAGCUCCGAGCAUAUUCGGAUCCUCACCGUCCCCUGCGCCUGCAGCUAGUUUAUUUGGAUCCGGGUCGGCUCCAGCCCCGUCUCCAAACAUUUUCGGGUCGUCCUCUGGUGGAGCCCCCACAUCUAGCCUUUUCGGUUCAUCUUCUUCAGGUGCAGGACAGACGACCAACCUCUUUGGCAACACUUCUGCAGCCGCUCCUUCAUCCCCCUUGCCUUCUUCAUCUCCAUUCGGCACAUCAACAGUAUUCGGAACCCCUGCUCCAGGAUCUUCAAACCUAUUUGGGUCGAGCACACCAACAUCCAGCCCGUUUGGUGCAUCGUCAACUGCUCCUUCAACCACCAGUGCCAGCACACCUCUAUUCGGGUCCAGUCCAUUUGGAUCAACCUCAACAGCAGCUACUCCAACUACCCCUGCACCUCUAUUUGGAUCGGGUUCAGCUCCGAACGCAGGUGUAUUUGGAUCAUCAUUUGGGUCGGGUGCUGCUCCGACUGCCACCCAAGCUAGUGCAUCUUUAUUUGGGUCGGGUGCUGCUCCAGUGUCAGGCAUAUUUGGAUCCUCGUCAGCCUCAAACCAGACGACUACUGCUAGCACUACACCAUCAUUGAUUGGAGCAAGUUCUGGUUCUACUCAGGGUGUAUUUGGGUCAUCCUCAUUGUUCGGAACAUCUUCACCUGUCCCAGCUUUUGGUGUAUCAUCGAGUUCAGCUUUAUCAGCAUCCGGGUUCUCGUUCCCAAGUGCCUCAACUUCAGCUUCGUCGGCAUCCGGGUUCUCAUUCCCAAGUGCCUCAACUUCAGCUUCAUCGGCAUCCGGGUUCUCAUUCCCAAGUGCCUCAACUUCAGCUCCAUCGGCAUCUGCAUCAGCUUCGUCCACUCCCUCCUUUUCACUUUCUUCGGCUCCUAGCUCUAGCAGUACUUCUGAUUUUUCAUUCUUGAAGAGCACCUCCAAUUCUGCAGCCUCGUCAUCAGCAGCAGUUACUUCACUUUCUUCACCUGGUUCUUUGUUCGGGGUGUCUGGGGCUUCAUCAUCUGCUUUUUUGUCCUCCUUUUCCAGCCCGGCCACUUCAAGACCGGCUACAUUUGGUACCACCACCCCUUCUUCUCUGUUUUCGACAGUUACAACUACUACAACUGCCAAUGCCUCAGCUCCAGCUUCAUCGAGUGCUUCUGGUGCCAGUGUUAUAUCUGGUUUGGCCUUUCCAUCAUCCAGUGGUACCUCUUCUACAGUGACUGCAGGAUCAAUAACCAAUGCAUCUACUCCAUCUUCGAGUUUUACUGGUUUUGGUACAAGUAAUGCAGCUGCAUCAGCUGGUGGAAGCACUAGUUCUUUCUCACUGUCCUUGAAAACACCCACACCUGGUGCACCAUCUUCUUCGCAAGCCCAAUUAACUGCUGCGGUCCCCUCGUUUGGCGUGACUGGGGGUAUAACAGCUACAACGAGCUCAAGUAGCAGUUCUGCAGCUCAAACAUCAUCUGCUUUGGUUGUGGCUUCCAGUAGUGGGACUACUUCAACAACUGCAGCUUUAGCCUCUGCACCUAAGUUACCAUCUGAAAUUACAGGGAAAACAGUUGAGGAGAUCAUCAAGGAAUGGAAUACUGAACUACAGGAGCGCACUGGCAAGUUUAGAAAACAAGCUAAUGCUAUUGCCGAGUGGGACCGAAGGAUUCUUCAGAAUCGUGAUAUCCUUCUCAAGCUUGAGACUGAGGUAGCGAAGGUGGUUGAGACACAAGGUAGUUUGGAGCGGCAGCUAGAGCUAAUUGAAACUCAUCAAGAUGAGGUAGACAAGGCCUUGCAGAGUAUGGAGGAAGAAGCUGAGAGGAUGUACCGAGAUGAGCGUGGAUUGCUUCUUGACGAUGAAGCUGCAUCCACAAGAGAUGCUAUGUAUGAGCAGGCUGAAGUGGUAGAGCGGGAGCUCGAACACAUGACAGAACAAAUUAAAUCUAUUAUUAAUACUCUGAAUGCCAAUCAGGGUGGAGAGCUCGAGGCAACUGAUGGAAUGACUCCACUCGAUGCUGUUGUCCGAAUAUUGAACAAUCAAUUGAGUUCAUUGAUGUGGAUUGAUGAGAAGGCUGAGGAAUUCUCAUCACGCAUUCAGAAGAUCGCAGAUCAGGGUUCUGCUGCACAGCAUGAACUGGUGGGCCCCAAGCUCUGGCUGCAUUGAGAAUGUGGAGCUGUAUAAAAUUUUGGGACUUCAAAAUUAAUGGGCUAUACGAAGUUUGGUAAUAGAUUGAAAACAGUUAACUUGUAUUUGGUUGUGCAUUUCUGCUCUUUCCAGGGGUAUGGAGCUUUAUUUAAGAUGCUUUCAAUGGGGAAUUUCGGUACUUUUUUUUUUCUCCUUGAGUUGGAAUUUUUCAGCCUAAAUAGAGAUGAAGUUUGAUGUGAGAUAUGUGGGAAGUUGAGGAUAUUCUUGUUGCGGCGAGCUUACGGGAUUAGUUGACUCGCUUCUAAAAUAUGUUUUUUGCUAUUCAUAGCUGUGUCCAACCAUGCAUGACUAAACUGAGUAAAAAGAAAAAAAAAACCAUG